GCCAUAUCCAGUCUCGAGCACUUCUUUUCUCCCGAACAAAUAGUAUCUGCAGGGCACACACAGGAAGGCAUAGUCGAGCCCAGUCGAUCUCUUUGCCGUGCGACCAGGAUCGGUGUCUGGCCCACAGCCUGUCACCAACGUCCAAGCGACACGCCACUGUACCCCUCUGCAACAUACUCUCCAUGUGCGCUGUGCGCAUCGAAGUUGAAUACACGAUCGUUGGAAUCACCAAUCGCUCAUUUCAUUUCACUCGGCUCACCGCCGGGUUCACUUGUCGUAGAUUGAGCAAGUUUCGACAAACUUGUCUUAACCCCGCAUCAUGUGGGCCGACAUCAACGGAGAACGCAAGAAGGUCGCUUGUGGCCCUUGCAUCCGAGGACAUCGCUCCUCGAAAUGUGAUCACCGGGACCGAGUCCUUGUCGAGGUUCGCAAGCCUGGUCGACCACUAAGUAGUUGUCCCCAUCCUACCGGCUCAUGCAGCUGUGAGCGGAUUGUUAUCAACUACACCAUCCCCAAGACCUCAGAAUGUGCUUGUCCGUCAGAACGGGCACAAUCCGUGGCAGUUGCUGGCAGCAGCCGAAUCUCGAAACCCAAACGGAAGUCGACUGCGAUACAUCCUACCUCGUUAGAGAAAGCCAUCAAAGCUAGCCAAGAUACUGAAACCGACACCUCAUCCUACAACACACCAACCGAGAGAAGCGCCAGCAAUGAAGCCUCACCUCCGUCAAGUGCAAGCUCAACUCCUCGCAUGCUUCCGACGCAGAAAGAAGAGGUAUCAGGCUGUUGUAAACCCAAGGGUGCGCCACCACUAGUCGCUCAAGGAGGAGGUUGCUGCAGUAGUAAAGUGAAACAGCAACCUCAAUCGACACCAACGCCAGCGCCAACUGCUGCCCCCGUCAAAUCAUGUUGUUCUGGUAAGGCACAGUCGAACGAUGUUUUCAAUGUCCACAAUGCUGUGCACAACAUCGGUCAGCAAUUUCAAUUCCAGAUCCAGCAUCAACUCAGGAAGCCUCAGUACCAGAACUUCCAAGCACAAUGUUCGCCAGCUCCACCUCCAUUUGGCUUCGGUGCGCCAAUAUACAAUCACGCCGCAGCAGCCUACCAACAGUCAAUGACGAUGCCCAUGAACGGUGCGAUGCAUGAGUCGUUACCACACCAUAUUAACGGCCACCAAACACCGCAGCAUAAUCCCGAGCACAGCUGUCACUGCGGAGAAGGAUGUAGCUGUUUCGGAUGCGCAGCCCACCCCAACAACGCUACCAUGAUGGAGUACGUCCGACUAAUGGCGCAAUUCCAAUAUACUGGUGCCUUCGGAGGCGAACAAGCACCACUUUACGACAUGCCCACGUACGCUCACCACCCCGGCUUUAGAGCAGAGGCCAGUCCCGAUAUGAGCUUCACAUCGCUACCCCAAUCCUACGCAUCGCCAAACCCAGCACACAUGCCCUUCCAAGCCAGCUUAGACGCAACCGUCAUGACCGGUACACCUCUCAACCUCUCCAGCCCCUGGCGCCAACCCUCCGUCUCCACUCCUUCCAUCGAGCAGCCGCAAUUCCUCGACAGCGUAACAGCGACCCCCACCGAGUCGCAGCUGAAACUCGAAAUGGCGCCCCCACCCACGAUCCCAACAGCAACCACACCCAUCGCCGACAGCCCGAGCGGCAGCAACGAGGAGGAAACACAGACGCUCUCACCAUCGAGUUUCUUCUGGAACGAAAUGGUGCUUCCAGGCUGCAACGAUGCAACUGGAACGUGUCAGUGCGGAGACGGAUGUGAGUGCGUGGGUUGCUUGACGCAUGGUGGGCAUAAUGGGAUUGCGCUUGAAGCGACGAGUAUGAGUGAGCAUGGGGCUUUUCCGAGUUUCACUGCGGAUGCAGGGUUGAGUUUGACCUUGGGAGACCCGAGCUCGUUUUUGAACUUUAAUCCUGCGAGCUGACAGCAUUGAAGGGCUCGUGUGGGUGACGGCAGUUGAGAUAGUGGUAUCGAUGGGAGAGGUGGUUGAAUCUCUACUCUUUUCGUUGUACAUGUUUCGGCAGGAAAAGCGUGAGGUAACGCGCACGACCUCAAACCAGUCUAUGAAGAAAGCAUUCGCAUUAGGGACACGUAUUGCAUAUGGGGACGGAUAGAAUGUAGCUUCGCACCCAUACCCAUAAGUUGUCGAUAGGUCUGGCACUUUAGCCUGAACAAUUAUGAGUUAAC